GGGCCGCUAAUGCUGGCUGAGUCGGUCGAGUUGCUGGCGAAGGAGGCGGCGGAGUUGGAGGAGAAGGUUGGCAAAUUGAAGUCGGGGGUGGCGAAGGAAGGAGGAGCUUGAGGCGAGUAGAGGGAUUUGCUUGUGGAGGAUAAUAAGAAGUUUGAGUCGGUGGUGGAGAGCUUUAAGGAGCAGGUGGGGGCGAUGGAGGCGAAGCUGAGGGAUUGGGAGAAGGAGCUAGAGGCGAAGCAGAGGGAGAAUAAAAGGAUCUGCGAGGAGAAUGAGGAGUUGGAGAGGAGGAUUGAAGGGCAGGCGGUGAAUGCGAGGGAUGUGGAGAGGAUGAGGAGAGAGUUGCAGGUUGUGGAGAGGGAUGUUAGGGAGGCCGAGAAUGGGAGGAAUGCGAUGGAGGAGAAGGCUUGGGAGCUGGAGGCAGAUAUCGGCAAGAGGUUGAAGGAGCUCAAGGUUACGGCGGAACAGUGCAAUCAGGCUAUGAGGAAGUUAAAGCUUGGUGAGGAUCUUCAAUAUACUCUGAACCCUCAAGGAUCCUCACCAGCUGAGGUCAUGGGCAUUGAUUACAAAAAUAUCUUGAAGCCUACACUUGCUGCUCUCUCUGAGGAUACAAAGAAAGGGUCGGUCUCAAAGCUAGAGGAAUUGAUGGCUCUACGUCAACAAUCACGUGAAACUGCUGUGAUGAUAGAGGAGAAGAAGGGCUCGCUUGAGGCUCUUCAAGCUAAAGUUGCUGAGGCUGAAGCUAGGUUGAGUUCACUGAAGAAGGAAAUUGAAGAGCAUGCAUCCAGAUGUGCAAGCGAAGCUGAAAAGGUACAGGAAGAUUUCACAAGAAAAGAGAAUCAGUUGAGAACAGUGGAAAAAGAGGCAGAAGAGUUUAUAAAGAGCUCUGAGCAGAAGCUACAAGAUGCCACGAGGGAAACUGAUGAAGAAACCCAACUGUGUGCUGGCGAGCUCUUGACCUUGAUUGAUGCAGUCUCUGAAUAUAAAGAGUUCAUUGAAUCAUUAACAUCCCGAGUGAAAACAGAUGUAAUUGAUCUUGUGAAGUUUGUGGAAGAUGCAGAGGCUUCUGCUGUCUCAGCAAAGCUAAACGCUCUUUAAUCAAAAUGUCAUGUUUAAUUAUUAUUAUGUAUACUGUGUGUGUGUGUUGUUGUGGGUGAUUGUUUUCAGUUCAGGUGAUGAUAGUUGUAAUUACGUCUGAUCUUUGUCUAAUUCUUUCAAGCAAGCCAAAAGGGUAACAUGUUGUCGAUUUUGGUGUUUGAAAA